UACAGUUAACUAUGUCCGAAAGCGUCCGUUUGACCUAUAAAACGUCCUCAUCCUUGCGUUCUUAUUUAACGUUCUCUCUCUGAGAAUCUCUCCAAAUCUUUUUAUGGCCUCUUCGACUCCUCCGCACUGCUCCAUCACCUCAACCAAACCCUACCAAAACCACCAUUAUCCCCAAAACCACCUACAGCAUCAUCCUAAGAAUCACCACCAGAACCACCAUUGGAGUUCACAGAAGUUCUCCCUAGGCUCUUCUUCACCUGCAACUCGAAAUGCCUCCAAGCCAGGUAACACUCCUCUCUCUCGAAGCCCUAAUUUCCCCCCUCUCUCCCCUUUCCCCCCUUCGAAGACCGAACUUGGUGCCGAUUUUCGUGGUCGGAGAUCGACUCGGUUCGUCUCCAAGAUGCAUUUCGGCCGCCCCAAAACGGCCGUGGGCAGCAGACACACCUCCGUUGCCGAGGAAGCUCUGGAGCAGGCAAUCCGCUCUGGUGGAGACGACAAAGCCCUAGAGGCUCUUCUGCGCAACUUCGAGUCCAAGCUCUCCGGCUCGGACGACUACACCUUCCUGCUUCGGGAGCUCGGGAAUCGCGGGGAGUGUUCCAAGGCAAUCCGGUGUUUCGAGUUCGCGGUCCAGAGAGAGCGCAAGCGGAACGAGCAGGGGAAGUUGGCGAGUGCGAUGAUUAGCACUCUCGGUAGGUUGGGACAGGUUGAUCUUGCGAAGAGUGUGUUCGAAACUGCUAACAUUGAAGGUUACGGUAAUACCGUUUAUGCGUUUUCAGCUUUGAUUAGUGCUUAUGGACGGAGUGGGUUUUGUGAGCAGGCCAUAGAAGUCUUUGAGUCGAUGAAAGCGUCAGGGUUGAAGCCCAACUUGGUGACAUAUAAUGCGGUUAUUGAUGCAUGUGGGAAAGGGGGUAUGGAUUUUAACCGGACACUGGAGAUAUUCGAUGAGAUGGUAAGGAAUGGGGUGCAACCCGAUCGGAUCACCUUUAAUUCCCUUCUCGCUGUUUGUAGUCGUGGUGGGUUGUGGGAGGAAGCUCGAAACUUGUUCAAUGAGAUGGUUUAUAGAAGGGUUGCUAGGGAUAUUUUUACCUAUAAUACACUUCUAGAUGCAGUUUGUAAAGGUGGGCAGAUGGAUAUGGCCUUUGAAAUAAUGUCUGAGAUGUCUGAGAAGAAUGCAUGUCCCAAUGUGGUCACUUAUAGUACCAUGAUUGACGGGUAUGCCAAAGCUGGCCGAUUAGAUGAGGCAUUGAAUUUGUUUAAUGAGAUGAAGUUUGUGGGUAUUGGCUUGGAUAGGGUCUCGUAUAAUACCUUGCUCUCAAUUUAUGCAAAGCUUGGGCGAUUUGAGGAAGCUUUGAGUGUCUGCAAGGAGAUGGAGAGUUCGGGGAUCAAAAAGGACGCUGUCACUUACAAUGCAUUAUUGGGUGGUUAUGGGAAGCAAGGGAAGUAUGACGAGGUUAAAGAAUUGUUUGAAGAGAUGAAAGCAGAGAAUGUUACUCCUAACGUCUUAACUUACUCUACUAUGAUUGAUGCAUACUCAAAAGGAGGUAUGUAUAAAGAAGCAAUGGAUGCAUUUGGAGAGUUUAAGCAGGCAGGACUGAAGGCUGAUGUAGUUCUGUACAGCGCACUAAUUGAUGCCUUAUGUAAGAAUGGACUGGUGGAGUCUGCUGUCUCCUUGCUUGAUGAGAUGACAAGGGAAGGGAUCCGGCCUAAUGUUGUUACAUACAAUUCGAUAAUCGAUGCCUUUGGCCGGUCAGCAACUUUAAAUUUUCAAGAUGCUGAUGACGGUACCGAUGAGUCACAACCUGAAUAUUUAACUUCUAAAGAUUGUUUGGAAGCCAUUGAACGAAAGGCAGGAGACAAAGAGGAGGAAAACCAGGUUAUGAGGAUUUUUGGGCAGCUAGCUGCUGAAAAAGCACGACAUCCGGAGGAAGAUACAAAGAGAAAAUCUCAGGAAAUCUUAUACAUUUUGGGAGUUUUUCAUAAGAUGCAUCAACUGGAAAUAAAACCAAAUGUCGUCACCUUUUCUGCCAUUUUAAAUGCUUGCAGCCGUUGCAAUUCAUUUGAAGAUGCUUCAAUGUUACUGGAGGAACUCCGGUUAUUUGAUAAUCAGGUGUAUGGUGUUGCACAUGGACUUCUUAUGGGCUGUAGGGAAAAAGUAUGGCUUCAGGCUCAAUCAUUGUUUGAUGAAGUAAAGCGCUUGGACUCUUCAACCGCAUCUGCUUUUUAUAAUGCUCUAACUGACAUGCUAUGGCACUUUGGUCAGAAACGAGGGGCUCAGUUAGUUGUACUUGAAGGUAAACGUCGACAUGUAUGGGAGAAUGCAUGGUGUGAUUCAUGCUUGGAUUUGCAUUUGAUGUCUUCAGGGGCUGCUCAGGCUAUGGUACAUGCCUGGUUGCUCAAUAUACGCUCUAUUGUUUACGAAGGGCGUGAAUUGCCAAAAUUACUGAGCAUUUUGACAGGAUGGGGUAAACACAGCAAAGUAGCUGGUGAUGGCACUCUAAGGCGGGCUGUUGAGGCACUGCUUGCUGGAAUUGGUGCCCCCUUCCAUGUCGCCAAGUGCAACCUUGGCCGCUUUAUAUCACCGGGGGCUGUUGUAGCUGCCUGGUUAAGGGAAUCUGGCACAUUAAAGGUCCUCAUUCUUCAUGAUGACAGGACGCAUCCUGAAAGUGUUGGGUCUGAUCGGUCUUCUGACUUACAAAUACUAUCAUUGUAGUUGAACCCCCUCCCCCUUUUUGCAAUAGCUUCAGUGGUUUCCUAAUGUGUUCAUUCCUUGUAAUUUAUAUGUGCAGUAAGUGCAGAAGAGUAUUUAUUCAUCUCUUGUAGCUUUUGUUUCCGUGUCUGCAUUUCUAUCGAGGCAAAAUUUCCUUUGCUAGUUAGUACAACCGUACAACAUUAGCUAUAAAAUCUAUACCCUAAGAAGGCAAGGAGAAUAUAUAUUUUUUCAUUUGCA